GACGUCAUCACUGCUCGUCUGUACUGGAGCGGUUUCCCUCUUUGUGUGUCGUCGCCUUGUGAUUCUCCUGAGCAGCGACGGUCCGUGUGCAGCAGGAUGGGUCCGGUGGAGCUCCUCCACAUGUCCGUCUUCUCCCAGAGCUUCUCUCCCUGCGGUCGCUUCCUCGCGGCUGGAAACAACUAUGGGGAGAUCGCCCUCUUCAGUCUGUCUGCAGCUCUGAGUCCAGAAGCCACAGCACUGAGUAAGAAAGCCGUUCUGACCUUCACAGCUCACGAAGGUCCGAUCUUCUCUCUUCUCUCCACCGACUGUUUCCUGUUGAGCACCGGAAACGGAGAAAUCAGCGCCUGGAGCUGGACUGAACUUAUCAAGAAGAACGUUAAACCUCUGUGGACCAAAAGACCGAACUACAAGGUUCUGACCGUCGGAGGAAGCAGCGACCACAUCGACGUGUUCACCAACCUGUCGUACAGAGCGUUCUCGCUCAGCUUCUGAACUCACGCACACUUUUAUUGUGAAGAUAAUAAAGUUUUUGUUGUUUCA